GUCGACGACAUCCGAUCCUCGUUUGCUAAGUCAAACGACACCGCUGGUUCUGCUCACACUGCCCUACCCUGUGCUCUGACCUCUUUCUCCCCCCUCUCUCCAGAUGAAAUCUCGCGUCUUGUGACGGCCGGCCGCCCAACAACCUGCCCGCUUGACCCUAUCCUCUCUUCUCCAGACCAUUUCCGGAGACCUUCUCCCUUACCUCACCUCGCUCAUCAACUCAUCCCUGACCGCUGGCUACGUCCCUUCCGUCUUCAAGAGAGCGAGAGUUGCACCCCUUCUGAAAAAACCUACACUCGAUCCCUCCGAUGUCAACAACUACAGACCAGUAUCCCUUCUUUCUUUUCUCUCCAAAACUCUUGAACGUGCCGUCCUUGGCCAGCUCUCCCGCCAUCUCUCUCAGAAUGACCUUCUUGAUCCAAAUCAGUCAGGUUUCAAGACUAGUCAUUCAACUGAGACUGCUCUUCUCUGUAUCACGGAGGCGCUCCGCACUGCUAAAGCUAACUCUCUCUCCUCUGCUCUCAUCCUUCUAGACCUAUCGGCUGCCUUCGAUACUGUGAACCAUCAGAUCCUCCUCUCCACCCUCUCCGAGUUGGGCAUCUCCGGCGCGGCCCACGCUUGGAUUGCGUCCUACCUGACAGGUCGCUCCUACCAGGCCCUCGUCUCGCCUCAUAGACUGCUGCUCACGCUGAGGCUUUCUGAAACCGACACAACCAACAGGAGGGACAGACACACGGACAGCACACGAGGACGUCUCCACGGCAAGAAGAGGUUCUCCUGCCUGACCAACCUCGUUAGAUAAGACACACACGCCUUUUUUCAGGCUUUUUCACCCUCUGACGCCCCCAAGAUGAGCAGGCUGGGCCUCCACAGGGGGCAGUGUUCAGGGUGCGCCCCAGCCCCAACCGGCCCCCAGCCGAGAAGCUGCUGAACAUAACGUACAGCCACACACACACAGAACCUGAGAGCAGGAGCUACACACCCACGAUAGGGUCGAGAUACAACCAGUGUCUCCUGAUAACGGCCGUGUUUACAUGUGUACAAGGGAGUGGUGUGGUGUUCAGUGACGGAGAAAGGAGAGAGAUCCGCCGAGAGGAGGGGAGCCAACGGAGGAGGAGGAGUGUGAGGAACACACAGAGAGAGAAACCCAAUCCUCUUCGGUAGCAGAGCUGCGGACGGGCGAGCCUGGGAGAAAGAGAGAGAGAGGGAGGAGAGUGUAGAGAGAGCCCUGAGCCCAGCGCAGACGGUCAGAGCAGCCAGCCAGGCAUCUUGUCCUGCAUCCAGAGAGGUGGAGAGACGAGCAGAGCCCCAGACGGAGAGUCAUGGGCUAUGGGGGCCAUGGUGACCUAGCGUAAAUGGCUAUUCCUCAGCACAGCUUGGUGCCAGUGUCUGGAGUUCAACCCUCCCCCUCCUCCUCCUCUUCUUGUGUCCCUGCCCGCUGCUGUGCCACGCUGCUGUUCGUCCCCGACGCUGCCUUCUGCUCUGCCCCUGUCGUGCUGCGGCUAUGGUGGCCAGCCUGUGGAAGCUGGUGCGGGGCGUCAGGCAACUGGAGCUCCAUCGCCUCAUCCUGGCGCUCAUCGUCUUCUGCCUCCUCUCCAUGGCCUUCUUGGCCUACUACGUCAGCAACAGCCCCAAGAUCAAGGAGGCACCCCCGCUGCCCUUCAGUGACUGCGGGGGGGUGCCGGUGACUCUGGGAGGGGGGCAGCGGGCGCCCCUCUUCCUGCCUCGCUCAGGUCGACUGCGCCAGGUGAAGGCCAUGGACAACUCUCGUACGGAUCCGGUGGUGCUGGUGUUUGUAGAGAGCAUCUACUCUCAGCUGGGCCAGGAGAUCGUGGCCAUCCUGGAGUCCAGCCGCUUCCGCUACCGCACCGAGAUCGCCCCGGGGAAGGGAGACAUGCCCACGCUGACUGAGCGCAACCGUGGCCGAUACGCCCUCGUUAUCUACGAGAACUUGCUGAAGUACGUCAACCUGGACGCCUGGAACCGCGAUCUGCUGGACAAGUACUGCGUGGAGUACAGUGUAGGCAUCAUCGGCUUCUUCAAGGCCAACGAGAACUCGUUGCUCAGCGCCCAACUCAAGGGCUUCCCUCUCUUUCUGCACUCCCACCUGGGCCUGAGGGACUACCGAAUCAACCCCAAUGCCCCACUGCUUUACAUCACCAGACCUAAUGAGGUGGAGCAGGGCCCCCUGCCCGGGGACGACUGGACUGUGUUCCAGUCCAACCACUCCACCUACGAGCCUGUCCUCCUGGCCAGCACCAAGUCCUCUGACGCCCUGACCCACCUGGGGCCACUCAGGGCUAUGCACUCCACCGUGGUCCAGGACCUGGGGCUUCACGACGGCAUCCAGAGGGUCUUGUUUGGAAACAACCUGUCCUACUGGUUGCACAAGCUGGUGUUUGUGGACGCCAUCGCCUACCUGACGGGCAAGCGGCUCUGCCUCUCGCUGGAGCGCCACCUGCUGGUGGACGUGGACGACAUCUUCGUGGGCAAGGAGGGCACCCGCAUGAAGGUGACCGACGUAGAGGCCUUGCUCAAAACGCAAAACAAGCUGCGAAUGCUGGUCCCCAAUUUUACCUUCAACCUCGGCUUCUCUGGAAAGUUCUAUCACACAGGCACAGACGAGGAGGACCGGGGAGAUGACAUGCUGCUAAGACACAGGAAGGAGUUCUGGUGGUUCCCCCACAUGUGGAGUCACAUGCAGCCCCACCUGUUCCACAACGUCAGCGUACUGGCUGAGCAAAUGAGGCUCAACAUGCUGUUUGCCCAGGAGCAUGGGAUUCCUACAGACAUGGGAUAUGCUGUGGCCCCCCACCACUCGGGGGUCUACCCUGUCCACAGCCAGCUGUAUGAGGCCUGGAAGUCAGUGUGGGGCAUCAAGGUGACCAGCACAGAGGAGUAUCCUCACCUCAGACCAGCCCGCUACCGCAGGGGCUUCAUCCACAAUGGCAUCCAGGUGUUACCCAGACAGACAUGUGGCCUCUUCACUCACACCAUCUUCUAUAACGAGUACCCAGGAGGCUCCAAAGAGCUGGACAAGAGCAUCAGGGGAGGAGAGCUGUUCCUCACCGUCCUCCUCAACCCUAUCAGCAUCUUCAUGACCCACCUGUCUAACUAUGGAAAUGACCGGCUGGGCCUGUACACCUUUGAGUCCCUGGUGAAGUUUGUUCAGUGUUGGACCAACUUGCGGCUGCAGACACUCCCCCCCAUGCAGCUGGCUGACAAAUACUUCCAGAUCUUCCCCGAGGAGAGAGACCCCCUCUGGCAGAACCCAUGUCAUGACAAGAGACAUAAAGACAUCUGGUCGAAAGAAAAGACCUGCGAUAGACUACCGAGGUUCCUGGUCAUAGGCCCACAGAAAACAGGCACCACAGCCCUGCACUCGUUCCUGAGCCUCCACCCUGCCAUCACCAGUAGCUUCCCCAGUCUUGUCACCUUUGAGGAGAUCCAGUUCUUUAGCGGCCCCAACUACAACAACGGCAUUGACUGGUACAUGGACUUCUUCCCCUUCCCAUCGAAUGUCAGUACAGACUUCAUGUUUGAGAAAAGUGCUAACUACUUUGACACGGAGGUAGCCCCUAAGAGAGCGGCCGCCCUGCUGUCCCGAGCCAAGAUCCUGGCUGUGCUCAUCAACCCAGCGGACCGUGCCUACUCCUGGUACCAGCACCAGCGGGCUCACCAGGACCCGAUGACCGUUAACCACACGUUCCAGGAGGUGGUGACAGCGAGGCCUGCCUCCCCCCGAGAGCUGCUCAUCCUGCAGAGGCGCUGCCUUAAACCUGGGGCCUAUGCCACACACCUGGAGCGCUGGUUACACCACUACCAGCCCAGCCAGGUCCACAUAGUGGAUGGGUCCCAGCUGCGAUCCAACCCUGCCCUGGUCAUGGAGGGCAUCCAGAGGUUCCUGGGGGUCACACCCAUCUUCAACUACACCCAGGCUCUAACGUAUGAUGAAAGUAAAGGGUUCUGGUGCCAGAGGGUGGAAGGAGCACGACCCAAGUGUUUGGGCAAGAGUAAAGGCAGGAAAUACUCUGACAUGACUCCUGAGUCGCGUGCCUUCCUGACGGAGCAUUACCGGGAGCACAACAUGGAGCUGCUGAGGCUGCUGAACCGGCUGGGCCAGCCCCUGCCCGCCUGGCUGAGAGAGGAGCUGCAGAGCUCCAGCUGGAGCUGAGACUGGACCUCCCUACGGAACCACAGCCACAGCCUGGGACUGGAGCACUGCCCUGCCUGGCCUGGCCCGGGGUAAGAGGGCCCUGUUUACCCACACCCAACACCAGUCACUACAGAGAGUGGAAGAGGAGAGAGGGCGGGAGGACAGCCCCCUAUCAGGACAAUGGACUCCUCCACCCUGAAAUGCCACUGUAGAAACCAAUCCUCACGGGAAUAAUGGCCUCUAAUAAGGGAGUUAAUGAGUUGGACUGCUGAAACAACCCCUCCCUCUUUCCCCUCGCAGUCAUCAUCUUCAUCCAGAAAGUAGAGGACUUGUCUCAGCCUGCAGCCGGUUGGACUGACUGACGCCAGGGUCUGGCAGACUGAGAGGGGAUGGGGGGGGUCUAAUGUCAUGUUACCCCCCUUUUUAACAGGAACUGAUAUCUUGUGGCCCUGGAGUGCAUGAAUAAACCCAGCAACAUGCGUGUGGUCACAAGCUCACACACACACUUCUCAUUUCUUCAGAAGAAUGAAUGUAAAAUGUUGUAAAUUUGAAAGCUGUUGUAUAUUGUUGGUGGGGGAUGGGUGGGAAAUGUGACAGAAUAGACAUGAACUAAACAAGACAGCAAACUCUAGUGCUAUGGACAAAGACGUGUGCCAUAGGAUGGAUGUAGUGCAUCAAAGGCCACGGCUCCCAACAGACUGUGCAUUCCACUACCCCAAAGCUGAGGCCUUUGGAGUACAUUCUGAUAAACAAACGGUCUAAUAGGCCCCACAAGUCUACAGAGAAACACACACACUUUAACCAUGCACGUUCUCCCUCACUCUCACGUAGGUACCCAGUCAGUUUAGAGCUGUGUAGAAAGAGAGCAAGUUAGAGAGAAGAGGAUGAGCUAGAGAGAGAGGUUCUAGGUCUCUCUGCUUGUGAGUGUCUGUCGUAACAGGAGCUGCUGUUUUGUUUUCUGUUUAUUUUGCCAAAACUACAAAACAAAGACCAACGCUGUAUCAUCUCUAAUAAACUUUGAGGUUGGAA